AUGGCGACAAUCCAGUCAAUCGCACUGCACGUUGAAAGCUCCAGCGAUAUCCAGGACGCUGUGCCUACCGCCUUGAUUCCUAACUCUCGAUUGACGACCGAAUCCCCAAUCAACAGCACAGCGGAAGUGCUCGGCGAAAUGGCUCUCAUACACGCAAAGGCUUUUAGCUUUGCAAACGUCUACCUAAUCGAACAGUUAGAAGAGUACGCACUGCGCUAA